AUGCUCAGAAACUCCUUGAGCAAUGGUGGUCAGCUUCAUUAUGGAGGCAUGGUUACUAUUAUAGCUAAACAUCUUGGCCUCCAUUUACCCAACAAUCCAACCAAUAUAAUUAUGGGUCGUACUCGUUUGUCACUUGAUGUUAUGGAAAUCAUGCACCUCUUUCACCGCACUCCCAAUGGGGAUGUUCAUUGGAUCGUCGAGGACAAAGAAUAUUUACGCAUCAACAACCAAAAAAAGAAGAUAUUAGCCAUGGCCAAUGACAUCCCAUCUACACAUUUGCAUCUCCAAUCCAACUUAGGUGCUACUGUAACCCAUAGACCUCCAAUCACCACUCCUACCCCUCCUGCUCAACCUGCAACUGCAGGUGCUUCCAGCUUGUCUUGCCCCAUUCCUUUCCCCGUACACAACCUUCACAUGGGUGAGUUUGAAUGCUAA